AUGUCGGACUCUAAUUUAGAUGAAAGUCCUCACCAUGUUCGCUCGGUUAGUUUACCAUCCAAAACCAAUCCCAACAUUUCAAGAAUCGAUGAGGCGUUGAGAAAGCUAAAAGCUUGGGAAUCAUCUGCAAUCAGUUCUAAAGUGGAAAAUGCUUGUAUUGGUUUGUCAAGUCUUGGUGAUUUGUACAAGUGUGUUGAGGAUCUUAUUCGGUUGCCCCUGACUCAACAAGGUCUCGUCCGCCAUCAGAAUGAGAAAUGGGUAGAAGAUGUUUUGGAUGGUUUCGUUAGAUUAAUAGACGUCUGUGGUACUGCAAGAGAUAUCAUGACUCAGAUGAAAGAAAAUGCAGGAGAGCUUAGAUCAGUUCUUCGAAGAAGAGCCGAGGAGUCAUGCAAAGAAGAGAAGGUUGAGGCUUAUGUAUCUUGCAAGAAGAAAAUGAACAAGUGUCUCAAUAAGUGCGUCGAAGAUUUGAAAAAACUGGACAAGAAAUUAGUGUCUGCUCCUCUCUUGGUUCAAGACAACCACAAUAAUCAUCUUGAGAUGGUCGUUAAGAAUCUAAGAGAAGUAAGGGCAUCCACUGUUUCGGUAUUUCAAUACUCCGUCAUGGCUUUCGUUUCUGAGCAAAAGAACACCAAGUGGGGAUUGGUAUCAAAACUCGUUCAAAAGGGACCAGCAAAGUCUGACGACGAACCUGAUGUGGUAGAGUGCGCAGAUAUUGCUCUUCGGUCUCUCUUCCGACGUGUUUCAAGCAAAGCCGAUGAGGCAAAGAACGUGCAACUAGUCCAGAAAAGAUUGGAGGAACUGGAAGACGGCAUUGAAGGUGUUGAGGUUGGAUUGGAGUGCAUUUCAAGGCGACUAAUUCAAACUAGAGUCUCCUUACUUAACAUCUUUACUCAAUAA